AUGUCACUUAUCGACGAAUCAAUCAACACACCUAUAAUUUUAUCACCAUGUGAAUCAUGUGUAACAUUACAAAGUUUUAGACCACAUCAACAAUUUAAUGAACAAUUUUUUAAUAAUUAUUUAUUAACAAGAUUAAGUACUGAAAAUAUUAAUCACAGCAUCACUGACUCGAUUAAUGAAGAAACAACUAAUGAAGAUAUUGAAAUAAUAAUCAUAUAUGAUCAUCAUGAUAUAAAUAUAAAAUUAAGUUCAAUAUUAUCAUUAAUUAAUACUCAUUCAACAAAUCAAAUAACAUAUGAAGAUUUAAAUGUUAAUCAUAUUUUCCUUUAUUUAUUUUAUAAUCAACAAAUUUUAUUUAAUUCAUUAUCAAUAUUAAUAAAUCAAUUCACUUUAAUUCAUUUAGGUAAAUCUUUUGAAUUUAAAUUUAAUAAUACAUCUUUAAAAUCAACUGCAUCAGCACAAGUUCAAGAAAAUUUAAUAACUAAUCUUAAAAUCAAAAGAUUUCCAAAAUUAUUAUUGAAUAUAAGACAAAUCCAUUAUUAUAAUAUGAAUUUUAAUAUAAAUAAUAAUUUGUUCCAUUUUAAUUUUCAUCAAUCAAAUAGUAAUAGUAUACAUCAAGAAUUAACUGAAGUUGAAAUUAUAAAAUUUAUAACAAGAUCAAUAAAUUUUAAGGAUAAAUCAACUGGUCAAGUUACUUAUAUUGAACACAUUAGAUCAAAACUAAAAAGAAAUAAUACUGCUAAUUCAACUAAUUCAAAUAAUUCAACUAAUUCGAAUAAUUCAACUAAUUCAAAUAAUUCUGCUAUAUCCAACAAUUCGCAAUUUUCAAUAAAUACAAAUUCAUUAAACCCAAAUAGAUCAAAUAUAACAACUAUUGACUCAAAUGAAAAUAACACCAAUACUAAUAAAUUUAUAAAAAGAAGAAAAUUAAAAAACAAAGUAAUUAAUUGUUUUAAAAUAUUACUAAAAUACAAUUAA